AUGGCGGACUCGUCCCAACCCAUGCUCCCCGCCUUUGGCAUACGCGCCUUGAAUGGGUCCGAGGCUCCCCCGGGUGUCGUUCAGAUCACAGCCCAUCAGUAUGACGACACCGUCCAAUCUGUGCCUGAUGCCAUGCUCUCCUACAUGGACGAGGAUGAUGGGGAGUUCAUUACAGUUGGAAGUUCGUUUGAACUGGGACAACGUCUCGAUGAGCCUGCACAACACUCGACUCUUUCAAUCCCCGCAGCCCUGAAGCUUACUCCCACUCCGGAAGCCGACGAUAAGAUGAUGCAUAUCUUUGACAUCCAACAUAAUAGUAAAAGCAUGGCUGCAUGGAAGACUCACCACACCUCCACGAUCAAGAAGAUGAACAGUCGAGGCACGUCUGCAGGCCGUGAAACGGUCAACCACCCACGCUCAGCCUCACCACAACCUCACUCUGCGUUCAGCGCUUCCGCGGGCGACUCCAGCCUGUGCCCGAGACUGGCCAACCCAAAUGAAUCGCCCCAAGCUCCUGACAUGAACAAAGCCAGCUUACCAACGGCCAUGUCAGAGCACGUUGCCAGCGGUGUCACGCCAACUCAGCCAAUCUCAGGACAACCCGCGAAAGAAGACUCGACUGAGUUGGAGAACGCUCUAUCUGACGUUUUCCACGGUCUGGGAUCCCAUAUGGGCCCUAUUGCAGAUUUCCUCGAGAUCACCGCAUUCGGUCUACGGAAGGCCGCUGAGAAGUCCACCAGAGCAGAGCGCAGCCCGGUGGAAGGCGUGCUGAGCGGCUUCAAAGGAAUCAUGUCAGAUGUUGGCGAACUUGGAUUAGGAUUUCUGGCAGCAAUCGACCAUGAACUUAAAGAGCACAAGGCCAACAACGCAAACAGACCCGGAUUACCUGUCUCCGAGCCGACUGAGCCACCGUCGCCCUCGGUACUAAGUCCUGCCACGGGAGAACACCAAGCACAACCCAAAGCGGAGACGAACGCAAAGAGAGUCAGCUUUGUUCAAAGUACCCUAUCCCAACCAGAGCCAAUACUCGGCCCAGUUAGGGCUCCUGUCGACCCAGUUCGGCCAUCCAUCGACCCCAACCGCUCGUUCUAUCUCCCCUCUGCCCAGAAGCCAAAGUUCUCUGGAGUGCCGCGGCACGAAGAUCUAAAACCACCAGCGGCACAUGCGGUCGAAACUGUCAGUGCCCGCGCCGAAACCGACAAAUCGUCAAUUCUUGAUCUGGAACCAUCUGAGCCCGACUUUUGCGCUAGAUACCCUCCAUUGAUCUCCGUUCGAAAGGCCAAAAGUGUCAGUGGGCUGCAAGACAAGUACAAGAUUUCUUCUUCCUUCGGUCCAACUGGUAUUAGCACAGCAUCAGCUUUGACCCGUUAUCCCAGUAUCGGACAAUUCGAGCAGCAGACCCGAUUGAAGACGAGAGCGAAAUUCGAUGAGAAACCCUCCAUCAAGGACAAGACGCUUGCCAGCGUGAGCUCUCCUAAUAGUGCAACCGAGCCAAAAAAGAUUGAUGUAUACAAGAAGCCUUCUGUGGAGGACGAUGUUGAGUUAGAACAACCCGGCACGCUUAACAAAGAGGUCAAGACAGUCAUCAAGGUGAUAUCCACCGCACUACCAGCGACGACUGUCCCUGGCGCUUGGCCCGAGCAAAAAUCAGAAGAAGUGCAUCCCGCCGUUGCUGCUCCGAAGCCGUCCUAUCUGGACUGGUCCAUGCAGGCUACAGAAAACUCGGCUCCGCCAACUCAAGGACAAAAGCCAGGGGCUCUUUCACCUCGCCUCAACGGCCCUGUCACUGACAUGUAUCCUCGAGCAACAGCAGCUUACCUUCCACGAAGAUACCAUACUGUGGGCGGAACAAAUCCGGCUGCAAGACUCAAUGGACCCUUCGACCCUCUUGCGCCACUCGCUUCGCAGCCUAUAGAUGGCCCUGCUGGAGGAGGACCAAAUGCCAAAUUGCCUCUGUGGAUGACUCCCCUGAAUGAAUACAGACCUAUUUACUCGACCGCUUUUGACCGUCCAAAACCGACCGCAGGGGAUCACCAGCCCAAAGGCGCUCUCAGACAAUCAAUAUCCAGGCCGGCAUCUGGCAAUGCUGACUGGUCUUUCUCUGGGCAAGGAUCUCGGGAGGAAGUUCUCUCUAGAGCUCAGAGCACCAAUACUAGUUACCGACAUGUGUUCGCACAGCCUCCCCAAUUCACUCGCAUGCGUGCACGACAUGCAGAUCUCCUCCGACCGAGUUUCGACAACCUGACUAAUAAACCACGGGUGAACCGACCGAGCACUGAUGUUAUGGCAUUCGGCCCUGCGCCACCCGUGCCGAUGCACGCUCACCCUUCGCAGUCAGUUUCUUCAGUCAAUCCCCAAACACAUAAUCAUCACUUCGGCCGCAAUUCGGGCCAGCCGUCAUCCUCGUCCAUCUCUUCAACUGUUGUACGUUCGAGACCGAAUCUGUCGCCUAUCACAAGUCCAACCCCAUACACCCGCCCAAGGGGUCGCACCGGCGUCGUCGCACCUCCGCCUUCCUCUACCACUGUAGUUGGUCGAUGUGUCAAAACCCUUAGGGUGAUGGGCUAUGGCACUAUGGAUCACAAUGAGAUGUCACGGCUGAAUAUCUAUGCUAGUGCCGCAGCGGGUGACGUUGAGGCUGCUAUUGAGAUGAUAGAGGAGGACCGUGAAGCUGCCAAGGCACUCGCUGACCGUCAAGCCUCCGCAGAGAUGCUGGACAGUGAGGCGCAAAAGUUCUUCGGAGAGGUCUGA